CUCGGAACAAAACAAAUCCCAUCAGGAGGAGCAGCCCUGUGAAGUGACGUGACGUGGCUCACUUUUUGGACCACUCGACGCAGUAAUUGAAGAUUAAUCGUGAAAUGUUUUAAGAUGUCGGACAAGGAAGGACCCGCAGACCCUGCGACCGAUGGAGCGCAGGAGCAGAUGACCCCCAGUCCCUCCGAGAGCUCGACGGAGGCGCCGGGUGAGAUCGCCACCGACGUCGCACCCACCCGCAAGAUGCGUAGACGGCCAGAGCACAAGCCGCUCCCAGCGGACGUCCCCGAGCCAGUGGAGAAACCUGAAGCCGCCGCAGAGUCUCCGAAGGCGUCCACUGAAACGGCAGUGCAGCAGGGCGGAUGGGGAUACUGGGGAAGCUGGGGGAAGUCGCUGCUCACCACGGCAACAGCCACCGUGGCAACCGUAGGCCAGGGCCUGUCCCAGGUGAUUGAGAAGGCAGAGACCACACUGGGGAUCCCCACUCCAGAGGAGCUGUCUGCACAGACUCCAGAGGACAGCAACACUGAUGCAGGGGCCACUGUUGGUGCUGAGGCUGGUGCUGGUGCUGAGGGUGACAUGGUGAUGGGAGGGGCCCUGGGGAUGCUGUCAUCCCUCACCAGCGUGGUGCAGAACACAGGUAAAACGGUCAUCACGGGCGGCCUGGACGCGCUGGAGUUCAUCGGGAAGAAAACGAUGGACGUGAUCGCCGAGGGAGACCCAGGAUUCAAAAAGACGAAGGGCCUGAUGAUCAGAACGUCCACUCUCUCACAGGUCUUACGGGAGGCUAAGGAACGGGAGGAGCAGCAGCAGACGGGCGAUGAGUUCUCCUCGGACACAGAGAAGAAGGCCCACUACGGCAUGCUGUUCGAUGAGUUCCAGGGACUGGCCCACCUGGAGGCGCUAGAGAGCUUGUCCAGGGAGAGUGAGAUCAAGGUGAAGUCUGUUCUGACCUCCAUGUCUGGGGAGGAGCUGGCCCAGCUCAAGCACCAUCUGGAGCAGAUCAAAGAGCCUUUCUCCCUGGAGGAGUUUGAUGAUGACGAGGAUGACUCAAAAGAGGACAAUGACAGCGCGGAAUUUGCGAAGGAGUUAACAGAUGCAAUGAGUCGGUUGCAUUUGUCCACUACAGGAGACAAACUCAGUCAGGCUACAACAAAUGUGCACAACCGCAUCGCUGAGAUCAAAUUGGCCACAUCAGCGCCACCACAGGAAGAGGAUGGGGCUGAGGAGAAACCUGUAGCAAAGUGCACUACAGAGGAUGUGCACUCCUCGGCUAUCAGAGGCCUGGCAGAGCUCACGGCCAAGUCCAUCGAGCAGUUCCACAAAGUGGCUCAGGUGAUCCUGCACAGUGACGGCAGCAGCGUCGAGGUGGCCACCCAGGAGCAGGCCCGAGUCCUCGCUCAGAUCACGGUUCUGCUGUGUAAAGAGAUCUCUCUCCUCUCAAAGAGCUUCACUUCCUGUCUCACCAGUGUGGGGUCAAAUGAAAAAGGGGAGGUCCUCAACCCACUGAUAACUGGAGUUUUUCUGGAGGCCUCCAACAGCGCCUCCUACAUCCAGGAUGCCUUCCAGCUCCUCAUGCCCGUGCUGGAGCUGGCACACAUCCAGAGGACGAACGAGGCUGCCAAGUAGAUGUCGCGCCCGCCCACCACACCUGCUGUGCCCGCCAUGCCAUCUCGCCAUGCCAACAUGGGACUUGCCCUCAACACAGGACCCUCUACGCCCUCUCCUCUAGGAAGGGGGGAGGGGGCAUUGUGCCAGGAGCCAAUACUACAGUGUGUUUUUAUGAGGGGGAAAUGGUAACAGUAAAUGCCAUCAGGAUAUGAAGAUGGUCUUGAUUAUCACAGACCUAUCAGAGUCAAUCCUGUUAUAAACAUUUGCUCAUUAAGUGAAUAUAAAGUCAAGUCCUAAAAUAGAUAUUUGCACAUUAUGCAAAUAUAAAGUCUGUUCUAUUAUAAACAUUUUCUCUUGAAUAUCUAUAUAUAUCAAAAGUUUAAGGAAACACUCAUAAGGACCAACCAACCAUACAGUGUCCUCUCCAGAAUGGUAAAAAAAAUGUAAAAAGCCAAGAACUUCGCCUGUGACCAGGAAGGUUUUUUUUUUAAAUAGUUCUUAAGUCAGAAUGGACAGUUGUUAGAUAUGGCAAGGAACAAGUCACACAAAAUGCACUGUAAAAACUGCUCAUAACUAGUCAGUGUCUGGCCUAAGAAUAAAAAGGUUGUUUAGGUAGUGUAGAUGAUUAUUAGUCUUUUGUCUGCCCCUUUGUCAUUCCUGUACAUUUGCAACACUUAGACCUGGAUUAGUCAAAUGAUCAUUUGCAGAUCUCUGCUAAGAUAUAAUACGAAACUGAAGAUUUUCAAUGCGUAGACUGCAAAAGCGAUUGUCCCAAAGUAGUGAUAUUUAAAAAAAACAAGGCCAUGUAUAUCAAGUGGUAAAAUAACAGUGUGGUAACGCAAUGCUCAAAUGUGUGACUGAUGACUGAUGCUGACCUUCCAUGCUGACUUUCUAAUUGUAUAAUUUUACCAGCAGUUUUACUGAUGCUGCAUAUAUGUUCCAUAUGUAUGCAUAGCAUUGUCCCAUUUGGCCAUAUGCAAGGCAUAAUGUAUUGUCAACCAGUCAGUAUAGAAAAAGUCCAGACAGGAUGAACACGAUCCCAACGUGUAGAGGAGGGCCAAGUUGAAUUACUUAAAAUAGUGGCAUUGUAUUUUAUUUUGCAAGAAUAUGUUGGCUCUCACUACUAUACACAUGUGUCGGUGUUGAGUAUCCCCAGUGCCCUGGGCCUAAUUUAUGGAUAUACAUUGUCUGUAUUUUUGGAAUAAAUAUGCUUUCUUAAUUAAUGCA